AUGGCCGCUAUGGGUAAUGACGAAUUAUGUCAUAGGUUUGAUAUGGUUUCGAAGAUUUGUGAUGCUCCCCGUAUAGAUGAUCCAUCAGUUCGCACGGCUUCAACUUUAUUGGAUCCCAGUUUUCAAUUUGCUUUGGGUUCUCUGAUUACGAAAGGAGACUCCAAUCUCUUCAAUUUAAACUUGAAACUGAAGUUUCUACUUCGUCGAAUAAAAUUCAGUGGCUUUCUUACACAACAAGGUUUUGUUAGAGCUAAUAUAGAUCAGUCUAUGUUCAUCUUCAACUCUCCCACUGCUACUGUGGUUCUCCUACUUUAUGUUAAUGACAUAAUUCUUACAGGCAACAAUGCUUCUUUUAUCGCUUCAUUAAUCUCCAAGCUAAGCGUAACCUUUGCAAUGGAGGAUUUGGGUGAGCUCAAUUAUUUUCUAGGUAUUGAAGCAAAUUUGACUACUUCACCUGAUUCAACUAUUCUGACUCGGACAAGGUACACAUUGUAUCUUCUUACUAAAGCUGAUAGGGUUGAUAGUAAGCCCUGCAAUACACCAGUCACCACAUAUAAAAGAACUUUAGCUCAUGAUGGUGUCUUUCUCUCAGAUCCUCUCCAAUAUCGUAGCUUGGUUGGUGUUCUUCAAUACCUUACUCUCACCAUACCUGACAUCACUUAUACUGUUAAUUAUGUCUCGCAAUUUAUGCAAGCUCCUCGUGACUCUCAUAUGCUUCUUGUUAAACGCAUCUUACGCUAUCUCAAGAGUAAAAUUGGAGAAGGCAUUAUUCUGUUUACUGGUGAUAUUUCUUCUAUUCAUGGAUAUUCAGACUCAGAUUGGGCAGGGUGUCCCGAUACACAUAGAUCAACAUAA